AUGGCGGCCGGAGUGGUGGGUCUCAUCUCGGCCAGCGUCGAGGCGGCCGCGGCUGCCGGGCAGACUGCCGUUCGGACGCAAGUACGCGCUGUUGAAGCCCAGCUGGGCGCACUGCAGAACGCGGAAUCGGAUCUGGCUGCGCUACGCUCUGCUGCGGAUCACAUGAAGACGCAUGCCAACGCCCAACGACAGGCUGAAAUCGACGCGACAAUCACUCGUCUGGAACGGGAGAUUAUGCAGUCGCGCGCCGAUCUGACGACUCGAUUGCAACGUUUGCGAGCGGCUGAGGCCCGCUGGGAGGUCUUCUACACUGGCCUCGGUGAGUUCGACAAUUCCCUACAGAAUUAUGAAGCCAAACUGGCCGAAAUCACAAGCCAAACCCCCUCGGCCCAUGGCAACCUGAGACCCGAGGAGCCAGGAGCUGCAGAAUCCGUGGCUCAAGCCGCCCUGAUCGAGGUGAGUAAGUGGUCGCGAGCUGUUCUGGAGACCAUGGAGGCCGUGGAUGGGGCACGAUGUCGUCUUGACCACUUGGAGCUGCUCUUUGACGGCCUCGUCGCCGCCUCGACCGACCAUGCAUCGGCAGAUGGCCCGGCAGAUGGUGCCGAGGGGCAGAGGACCUUUUCCAGCCGUGAGGUGACCAAGGCCAAGUCGACCCUAACGGGCCUACGUCAGCGACAAAAGGCACUGGCGGUUGCUUUUGCGUCGCAACGUGAGGCCAACCGCGGUCUUCACACUCGCCUUGAGGGAUACCUGAAGCUGGCUGGCAAGCUGGAGCCCUAUCUUCGUGAACUGGAGCAGCUGGCAGACGCGAUGGCCCGUGAUCCGCCUCCGACAGAUCUGACAGUCCUGGAGAAGAUGAAGAGUCGACACGUGACGCGUCAGACUGAGCGGAAAGUCAUCUGGAAGAAGCAUUUUGAGCAUUUCACUUCCUUCUCCUUACGACUGUCAUUGUGGCCCAAUCUUCUUGUGAGUCCAGAGGCAGUGGGACAUAAACACUCUUUGACAAUCUUAUAUUUCGUUUUUGAGUGGGCUGUCGAGACGACCAGCAAAUCAGAUAUAUGA